UGUUUUCAAAAUCAACCAUCGGCUGUCGCAUCCAACGGCAACUUUGUGAUUUGCGACGCCUACUUUGUGUUGGGAAGAUAAUAAAAUGAAUAAAGGUUUUGAUAAAAGGGGAAGGUGUCCACAAAAGACUUUGUGAGAAAAAACCCUUGGAGUUUUCCUUGGAAAUUACUCAAGCAGAUGCUGGUACACAAAUGGAAGAGGAGCUAGUUCAACUUGAGGAAAAACAACAAGAAGUGGUAGCAAAAGUUUUCUGCCUAGAUGAAGACCAUGAUGAAUCUGACAGUGAGGCAGAUGACAGUGGAUGGGGGAAUGAUGACAAUAAUCAAGACUACUUUUCUGACUAAAAGACUUUUUGUAAGAAGAUGAAGAAUUACCAUGCUUUGUAGAUCAUUAACACAAAUCAAACACAAAUUGUGUGUAAACGUGUACUUUUGCAAUAAUUCAUGAAAUGUUGGAUUCUCUUAGUUGUUAUUGUUUUGGAAAAUUAAAAAUGAGCAGUGUACUGUGAUGGAUAUGUAAGACAACUGUCAAAAAUUGUAAUUAAUAGCCAUAGUUUGAGACAAUUACGUUGUUUAGCCUGUUUCAAGCUUUAAAGCCCAGAAAAAAAUGCACAUCUGUCUAGGCUGUACAAGAUACAGCAAUGAGCUAAAGGGACAUUUAUAAACAAUAAACCAAGCAUUAGCUAUGUAGAGUUUCAUUUGAUCCAUUAUUAAAAAUUCAAUUUAACUUUGCUAUUUCAAAGUUACUUUAUUGAACCAAAGAGAUGCAAUGUUGUGACAGAGUUAUUAAAAGCAUCUAGAUUUACCAGUGUUCUGGAUGUCUAAAAUCUGCUAAUUUGUGUCUCAAAAUACUGUAAAAUGAGUCUCAGAGAGUCUUGAAUAUCAAAAUUUUCUGGGGUGGGCAUGUCCCUAGACCCCCCCUAGGAGGCAAGACCCUUUGGGCCUUGCAACUCCUACUCCAUUCAGUGAAACUUCUACUUUCAAAAGUUGUGAAAACACUGCUGUUGUAGGAAAAUCUUCUCCUUGGCCCUUAGGAGUUGACUCGAACUGAAGGAGCUUGUUCAUCAUCCAUUGUUUGCUAUUAUCUUUGAACUAGAAUAUUUUCUGUCUGAACAUUUGCUCAUGCAGCCACUUUUUGAGACCAAAUGUAAAAAGGUUUAUUAAUAGAAACUUGGCUUCUCCAUUCAGUAGAGGGAAACAUUAGGUAUUUUUGGUCAAAAUUUCAAGUUACUUUAAAUUACUUUAUAGGUUUCUGUUUACUCUGAUUUGUUUUUUGAACUGUCUUGGUCAUAAUUAAUGGAUUUUUUGGUUUGUCUGUUUGAUUUGUUUGAUUUGCAUUUUUUUUUUAUCAUUAGUAUUUUCUUGUUUGAGUUUUUUCUCUUUUCUUGUGUUACUUUUCUUUAUUGAGAUCAUUUAGCCAAUCAUUCCAACCAGCUACAUAUAAUGUUUGGGUAAACAGUCUUAAACACCAAGAGCUCAUUACUGAAACAAAGAUUAGCAUUUAUUAAUAACAUGUGCACUCUUAGCUUUCCUCAAUUUAGCCAAAUAUCUACCCUGGCCUUCCCUCCCCAGGCCCCUUUGAUAUUGCAGGAAGAAUGUUUGGUCCUCUCAGUAGUACCCCAGAGGGUGGAGAUCAAGGAAUGUCGCUAACACCUGGUGUGGCAACAAGACCUCCGCUUCCACCAGGAAACAGGAUGCCAGGAGAAUACCCUGUCGUGCCUCCUCGAGAUCCCUCUUUCAGUUCACUUCAUCUGGUAUGUGUCCCAGUGCGCCUGACCCAGUGGUCCACCUGUCUGACUUACAACAGAGCACUGUACAUUCUCCGACACCACGGAAAUACGUUUUGAUGACAUCACAGUGGUCAGUGGUCAUCUACUUUGGGCUGCCAAGUUCUUCUAUGUGUUUGUAGACCGAGUUCGACGAAAACAUCAGCCUUUUGCGUUGCUUUAAGUUGGAAAAUAUCCAUGAUACUUCUACUUGUUUUUUAUAUUUGAUCCUUUGAAUGGGUUUUUAAUACUAAAACCACUUCUUAACAUGCAGCAGUAUGGGGGAGUCAUUUUGUUUGGAGUUGCGUGCUGUUUGCUGACUUAAGCUGGCUGUCAUUACGAAGCGCGAUCGUGGUUCUUCAGUCGCCCUCGCCUUCAGAAUUGUCAAAACAGUGAUAGUUAUUCAGACAAAGUAGGAGAUUAGUUCUAUAAGAUACUUUUCCAGCGAGUCUGAAGACUGGUUGGAUUUUUAAGUGUUGUUAGGCUAAGCAUGAAGUGAUACAGGUAAUUAAUGUGUUAUGAAAAUAUUCAUGCUCACUUUGUGCCUAUGUGUGGUGCCUUUUUAUUUUGGAAAUCAUUUGCUUGGAUGAGAAUUUUACCUUUAUAGACUGAUUUUUUGCCAUUCCACCUUUCUGAUUUCCUGUGCCUCAAGAAAGGGUGUCGGUAAUCAAAAUAUGAAAACAUUUGUUCAUUUCAUAUACUCGCAGUUUUAUCAACAAGUUAUCUCCAUGAACAGAAUAAUUCUUGUUUAGCUCAUAUAAUGGUAAUGUUUACAAAGGGAGUGGAAAUCGAGGAAAUUGUGAUUUGUUUGCUGCCCCAAGUCUCAAUGAAGAUUAUAUAGGUGAUUAAUUGAGGGUGCUGAAAAUAUGUAAUAUUUGAGACCAUCCAACAUGAUCGGUUCAUUUACAAUUUAUCACGAAAAAGGUCUUUAUUGAUAUCA